AUGGCAUUUAAAACAUAUAUUAGGCCAAUAUUGGAAUAUUCUUCGGUUAUAUGGAAUCCCAAAACUAAAAAACAUAGAGAAAAAUUAGAAAAGGUGCAAAAAUGGUAUACAAGGGUGGCUCUUUUUAAGUGUAAGAUCUAUAAGAAAAACUAUAUCCAAAGAUUAAAAUUAUUUAAUCUCGAAUCACUGGCCCUCAGAAGAGUUUUAUUCGAUUUAUCAACUAUUUUUAAGAUCAUUAAAAAUCACACCCACUUUACUUCUUCACAAUUCUUUAUGUUAUCUGAUAGACCUAAUAGGAAUAGACAUAAUUAUCAAAUAAAAGUAGCUCGUAAAACCUCCAAAACUGAACACUGGAUCUUUAACAGAUCCAUUAAUCUCUGGAAUGCCCUACCUAUAGAGAUUGUUAACAUUGAUAACUAUAAGCUAUUUUGGAACAGCCUUAGAUCAUACCUUAUAGAACUAGAAAGUACCAAUGAUAGCCUUCUAUAUUAUCGCUAUUGA